AUGCGGGGACAUGUGGGGGAUAUUAACUAUACAUUAAAGGCUAAAUGGAAAGCUUCCUACCGAAGAAGACGCUUAUGGAUAUAA